AAAAGUUAAAUAAUUAUUCAUCAUGUACAGGAAAGCUUUUAGUUUAUAUGAUAUAUUUGUGACGAUCUUGUCAUUUGUUUCAUAUAUUUUGGACGUUCUUUCAGAUAUUGCUGUGAUCGUGCUGUUUUUCCUGGAUGGCAGUGCUGUGUGGGGAGCUGUAUCCUUGGCUCUGGUUGCCCUGUCAACGUUUGCCAUGCAGAUUUUCAGUUUCUGUUGGCAUGUUACUGAUGGUACCAUGACAAUGAAGACCUUCCUCCUUCAUGCAUUCUUCUUGGCUCCUUUACACAGAUAUUGGAGAGUUUUGAAGCUUGGAAUAAAGUCCAGAAGAACAGGGAGUCAAGAGGAUAUUGAAGCUGUGUACAGUGCUAACAAUGAUGUCUGCUUACUUCGUCUGUUUGAGUCCUUCCUAGAAUCAGCACCACAACUUAUACUUCAGCUCUACAUCAUUAUUUCAUUCCAGCAUUUUGAUUGGAUAAUUGGAAUGUCCACUUUCUUUUCCCUGACGUCUAUUGCUUGGUCUGUGUCAGCCUACAUGGAUGGUCUACGCCUGGCCUAUCAGUCUGACUACAAGAGAAGUGGAUUUACCAUGCUUGUUCUAACUCUGUGGCAGAUCACCAUGAUCAGUGGCAGAGUGUUAGCCAUUGUUGUGUUUGCUUCACAUUUUAAAGAAUGGAUAGUUUUGGUUUUAGGUAUACACUGGCUGGUGAUGACUGCCUGGAUAACGCUACAGAAUGCUGACUUUGGAGACACGGCAUGUGAGAAGCGAAUCUUUAAUGCCGUGUCUGGCUUCAUAUACAUUUUCUGCUUUCUGAACCUGAAAGAUGGCCCCUCUCGUAAAAGACAAACCAUUUACUACAUUGUUACAUUGAUGGAAAAUUCCGUCCUGAUUAUCCUAUGGUUCCUGUAUAAACCUAACACCUCUCCUGAUUGGUUGAGCAUUACCACACCCACUGUCAUUUAUGGAGGAUUUGUCGUAGGUUCAGUUAUGAUGUUUAUGUAUUACCGUUGCUGUCACCCAUCCAUGCCAAAAGUGAAAAGAGAAAAAGAAGUGGAAACUAAUUGGUUCAAACGUAUAGCCACCAUGAAGCGCAGAGAGCAGGGGAAAACUUUAUUCAACACUCCAGAAUCGUCAUUUCGCAUAUCAGAAUGGCUGACUACAUCAGUUAACCUAAGUAGCUGUGACAGACAGAACAACAGUGUACAGAUGUCUUUAAAUUCCUCCAUACCUGACAUAGUUCCAGAGAAGACGUCUGCACAGUUUUUCAGUGGAGAAUCUCUUUCGACUUAUCACAGAGCCCCAAGCAUUGAGUCUUCCAUGCAGGAAUCAGAAGGUAACCUGACUAUAGAGUCUGGCCGAGUGUCAUAUAUUAGCUCAAGUAGCACAAAGCAGCUGAUAUCCUCAACAGCCAAAACAACAAAGUCACCCAGGUAUCAAGUCAAAGCAGAAGUCAACCAAACGUUUUCUCCUGAUCAGGUUUCUCCCAGUGGAUAUAUUAGUAAACAACAAGGUAGCCCACGAAGUGUACCAAGCUGUAACAAUUCUUACGUGAAAUCAAGUAUUGAAAAUUCCUCCAUUAAUUACAUUGAGGAAAAGCCUUCUCUCCAAAGUUUUCAUAGGGAGAGUAGUACAGAGAGAUUGAGGAGUGGGAAAGAGGGUGCGGGGGUGCCUGGCAGCGGAAAUUCCUCCUUUGAGUACAACAGGAAGAAAAUAUCAAUGUCGCCAUUAGACCCAGCAAAACUUUGGGAACUAUCACAGCAGAGAAUUACUCUAGAGAAUUCUAGAGCUUUACAAGAUUCCCAGCAACAUGGGAUUUCUCCAAGAUCAAGAGAAGGUAACUCAUUCUACAUGACCAGUCCUGAUGCACCCAGUGAUUCAGUGAUAAGUAGUAGAAGGAAUUCUUCUGCUAGAACUAGCCAUUACAGCACCACAUUUAGUGACUCUCAGUACAAUUCAGAAGUAUCUGGAGAGAGGGAUGGAGCCAAUUAUAGUGGAACAUCAAGAAGUCAGUGGACUUCACAAAGCCAGACUGGAUCAUGGGAUAAUGCAGAGCCAUCAGAGUUGUCCGAGUUCUUUGCUGAUAUUUCAUCUCUGCAUUUCCCAGCACCUGGUCACAGCAGAAGGUUCAUCUCCUCUUUGUCUGAAACUACUGAUCCACAAAAUUCAUCAUUUCCUUGGCCAAAUGACAAUGAUGUAUUUUAUGAUGAAGGUGAUAUUUCAGAAUUAGUUUACAAACAAAGAAUUAGGGAAGCACUACAUGGGAAAAGUUAUAUGUAUCAUAUUUGUGAAAUUUCUGAUGCCACUACUCCUAAAAGACUGUCCUAUAACAAACAGUCAAGCGGAAGUUCCCCUCCUUUUAUUAAUGUGACCCAAAGGUCCCAUUCAUUGGGCAGAAUUUCCUCUGAAAAGAGUACAGAUGACAGUGGAUACCAUUAUUCUGAGGAAGCAGAAACUAAUGUGAACCAAAGUGUCAACUCUUACAACAGAAGAGACUGUGUUCCAAAGACUGACUGCCAUAUCAAUUUAAACAGAGCAUUGAUGAUGAGUCACACAUCAAGUUCAUCAUCUCCAGUAGGCACAGAUUAUACAGGAGAUGGUACCUCCAUACGAAAGUCACUUUUACCAGGUUUAAGCUACCUAAUGAGUGAUUCAGAUACAAGUUACCUGAAGAAUUCUUUGAAUUCAUCAAGUCCUUUCAUGGAUGCUCCAUUGCAGCACAGCAUCACAGUAGAAAGCUGCAAAGAGAUCAAUGAUUCCAAUUCACAACAGAACAAUGUUUCCCCACUUCAAGUCAGUGUCAUUGAAACAUCUCCUCAUCGACUUGGAAGAAGUGUUGACCUAUUUAACUCUAGUAGACUUGAACUGAGUGACCUUGAAGGUCCUAAAGCUGUUAACUCUCAGUUUCCUGUUGUUCCUUCUAUGCUGCAAUUAGAAAAGCUACAGGUUCUGGAGCUGAAGGAAUCCCCAUACAAAUUUAGAGAAAGAUGCAGUGAUCAUGUCUCGAGCAGUGUUUCACUUGUCAAAGGAAAGGAUGACCUAAAUAUAACUGAUUUAAUGGAAUCUCCCUAUAAAUUUAGAUCCCAGGGCUAUGGGAAUACUACACAGAAUAAAACAGAUAGAAAGUUCUACACCAUUCCAGAAAAGAGAGAGAAAAAUCUGGAUAUUCCAUGCAGAACGAAAAGUAAAAUUGCACAUGAAGACAAAGAAAAUAGAAUCAUAGGUGAAAAUGAAUGCUACCUAGCCCCAGUUUCAAGAAACAGGAAUAAGAAAGGAAGAAAAGCUAGGACAACAUAUAAAAAAAAAUGCACCAAACCCAGAACUCGAGUCAGUGCCCUGAAGAACUCUUGUUAUGCUUACUCAGACACAGACUCGGAUGGAGAAGUGGCUUCAGACUUCAGCUGUAGAAGUCAGUAUGGGGGCACUAGUGACUGUGAUUUUGGAUUCUCCUCCUUUACAAGAGAAGGUCAGAAUUUCAGUGGAAAAGACACCAGAACAGCUCUGAGGUCUGUAGAAAACACCCCCAUCUUUUCUCCCAUAGUCACCCCAGACCAUGUGGACAGAGAGAGGGUGUGUAAUGCUAGUGGACCAAUCAUGAAGCCUGUUGUCAGUACACCUGUCACAAGGUCAACAGGGGAAAACAGAUUAUUAUUUAUAGAUGAGCCUUCAACAAUAGCCGUAUAAUCAGGCAAAAGAAAAAAAUUAGAUCAUUCCAAAUAGUUCUUUAGUCACAUCUAGAAUGCAUGCAACAAACUUACAUAUAUACCGGUAUGGUACAUGAAUAGUGAAAAGUUGUGCAGUGAUUAUAUUGUAAUGUACAAUGUCAUGUGGUGUAGGAAAUUCAUUAAGUAUGACCCCUCCCCUUCUUUUUAUCAUCUGUAAACUGUGCCAUAUUGGAAAUGUAAAAAUGUUAGAAAGUCAUAUUUGAUGUAAUUACAGUUGAACUUCAGUAUCUUGAACAUCAGUAUCUCAAAUACCAUGGAUAUGUUGAAGUCCCAAGCACUUUUUCUUUAAUUAUUUUACCCUCAAUAUCUUGAAUUUCUUGAUACCUCAAAGUUUUUCUCUCAGUCCCAUCUAGUUCCGGAUAAUGAAGUUUGACUGUAUAUCAUGACAAUAUUUAUAAACAAGUGUCAUUAGGUCAAAGUCAAAGAAGCUAGUUGAAGUGUACAAUUCUUGUCAGGACUGUGAAAUUGUGAUAUAUGUACAUGGAAUGCUGUGAAGAGGGAGGAAGUAUUGAGUCACUCUUUGGUAUCUGUCAUUUAUUUUGGGGAAACUUGGUAAUAUAUUAUAUUUUAUUCUAAUUGUAUACAUUAAUUUGAUUUGUAUACCAAGUGUAAAUUGUGAUCAGUAAUUAAGUCAAAUGCAAAAGUUACCAUAUAAAAUGUUUACAUGUAAAUCUGAGAUAUUUAUUAUAUUAGAUCAUUCAAAUUCUUGUAUUGGAGGUUUUUUAGUGCCAUAGGCCCUGAAUAUUGAGUUGAUGUACAGUGUACAUGUAUUUGUGAUGCACAAGUAACUUUAAAUUCUCAUAUUAAUUGCUAGAUGCAUAUCAGUGAAUAUCCUCAUAUUAAAUUGGCUUUUUGUACAUAUUCUAUGAUUGUGCUUGAAAUAAUUAGGCUUUUGUAGGAUGUUUUAAUCUAGGCAGUCUAACACAGUGUUUAGCAAACUGCAAUACUUUAGUUUAGUUUUAGGACUGCUUAUUAAUUUGAUAACAUUGUCAGUUUUUAGUAGAAAAAAUGUACAAAUCUUG